GUGAUCCCCUACCAUGAUGUUCGCGCUCUCGGCUCGUGCAAGCAAAGUGCUCAGGCUCGCGUCGGCGGUCGCCCUCGCGCUGGCCAUCGUGUUGAGAUACAGGCGUCGUAACGGCCGGGCGCGGUUUCUCGUCAAGGACUUGGGCAAGGCAGGCUCGAAGGUCGCGCACGACGCGUCGCCGGACGAAGCUGUUGGACCGUUGUACGAUGUCGUCAUCAUCGGCGGAGGUACUGCGGGAUGCGUUCUUGCAUCGCGUCUGUCAGAAGACCCCUCGGUCAGCGUGUUGCUCCUUGAGGCUGGCGGCAGCGGUCUCGAUGUACCGUUCAGUCGCAUACCAAUGGCGUACUCGAGGCUCUUCCACACAAAGCACGACUACGACCUCUACACCGUCCCGCAGAAGCAUUGCUAUAACCAGCCCAAGUACUGGCCUCGAGGCAAGAUGCUCGGCGGCUGCUCUUCCCUCAACGCGAUGAUGUUCCAUUACGGCGCGCCCUCAGACUACGACGAAUGGGUCGAUCCGGCCGUGCCGGACUCCUCAAGCUGGUCAUACGCCAACGUCAAACCGUAUUUCCGCAAGUUCGAAAAGUUCACGCCGAGCAAGGUGUUCCCCGACGUUGACGUCCAGGCGCGGGGUAGCGUCGGGCCUAUCGAAGUGGGCUACUUCGGACAUUACUCCGAGGUCGCGCGUCGGUUUGUGGACGCCUGCGAGGCGAUCGGGAUCCCGAAGAACCCCGACGUGAACACGGACAAGGGUACGCUAGGCGCGACGAAGGUAGUGACUUACACCGACUCGCGCGGCCGCCGUGUCACGACUGAGUCCGCAUACCUCACCCCGCAGGUCCUCGCGCGACCCAACCUGACCGUCGCGAUCGGCGCCCGCGUCACACGCGUCCUCUUCUCUCGCGCCGACGAAGGCAAAGAGGGGCCCCGCGCGAACGGCGUCGAGUUCACCAACAAGCCGCACGGGCCGCUCUUCCAAGCACGCGCGCGGAAGGAAGUCAUCCUCUCCGCAGGCGCCGUACACUCUCCUCAGAUCCUUCUCCUCUCCGGCAUCGGCCCCGCCGCCCAGCUCGCCUCGCACGGCAUCCCGGUCGUCCUGGACGCGCCGAACGUUGGCCAACACCUCCUCGACCACAUCGUCGUCAACGUCCGCUUCCGCGAAUCCAGAUCGUCCCCGGCCCCGCCAUCCUCCCUGCUCUACCUCAAGAAGCCCGCGACGUUCUCCGAAGUCGCGCGCACGGCGAAAGCGAUGUGGCAGUUCCGCUGGCGCGGCACCGGGCCGCUGACCAGCAACGUCGCGGAGGCGGCCGCGUUCCUCCGGAGCGACGACGCGCGCGUGGAGGGGCUGGUAGAGAAGGAUGAGAAGGCGGAGGUGGAGGACGCGACGAGCGCGAAGGAUGCGCCUGACCUCGAGUUGAUCGCGAGCCCGAUGGCAUGGAUCGCGCACGGGCACGGUGAGGUGCCGAAGGGCAACCUCGUCUCGUUCGGCGCCGUCCUUCUACGCCCCACCAGUCACGGCUCGAUCGCGCUUCGAUCGCGCAACCCGUUCGACGCCCCGACGAUCGACCCGAACUACCUCGCGACGGACCACGACGUCGCCGUGCUCGUCCGUGGCACGCGGGCGCUCCUCCGCGCCGCCGCCUCCGCGCCGCUCGCCCCGCUGCUCGACACCGACGAGGCCGACCCGUUCCUCGACAACCACCUCCUCUUCCCCAAGCAAGGACCGAAGGAAAUAUCCGGCGAAGCACUGGAGCGGCUCGUGCGCGAGCGCACCGAGACGUUGUACCACCCGGCGUCGACGUGCCGGAUGGCGCGCCGCGAGAAGGGCGGCGUGGUCGAUUACGGGCUGCGGGUGUACGGCGUGCGCGGGCUGCGCGUCGCGGAUGCGAGCGUGUUCACGAACCUCGUGGCGGGACAUACGGCGGCGCCUGCCAUCAUGAUCGGGGAAAAGUUGGCGGACGAGCUGAAGAAGGAGUGGAGCGCUUGAACGCGCCCUUCAGCAUCACCUUAGUAUCUUGCUUGACUGACGCUAUAUUUGUACCGCAUGUUCUGUUGGAAUGCUCGUUGACUUACAAGCUUUUGCAUGCGCGAAGGCAAUACCUCCCGAAGAUCUUGAUGCCUGCCUCUGGCUCAUGUAUACAUAUAUCUGAAUAUUCACAUCAAUCCU